AUGGCUGCAAGAGGGCCCCCAAAGCAGUGGGAUUCGGCGCUGGAGACCCAGGUGCUGGAAGAUGAAUUCCAGUUUGUGCUGUGCGAGGGCUGCCAGAAGGAAUCGCCCACCCUCAAGCUGCUCACCUGCCUCCACACCUUGUGCCUCAACUGUCUCAGCGAAAAGAAGCCCAUCGGGCAGUGCCCCGUGUGCCAGACCACCAUCCCGCAGGCCAGCGGCAUCCCUGCCAUGGACAACAAGCUCUUCACCAACCUCCAGGCCAGGCUCAGCAUCUACAGGAAGAUCGUUAGCCAAGCUGACUUGUUUUGUGACAUCUGCAAGAAAGACGCCGAGUUCUGGUGCCACGAGUGCAAGGAUUUCCUGUGCACCAAGUGCUUUGAGACCCACCAGAGAUAUGUGAAGAAGGAUAACCAUGAAGCCAAGAGGGUGGCGGUUGUCAGGGCAGGGUCAGCGAGGGACUUUCUUGAGGGUACCAAGAAGGCCGAUAAAUCUUUCUGCUCCAAUGUGGCUCAUGAGAACCAGGUAUUAAGCAUCUACUGCAAGAAGUGCUGCAAGGGCAUGUGCUGCGUGUGCACAUUGCUCGACAGCAAGCACGCGGGCCAGCACUGCGACAUCAGCUUGGAGAUCCAGCAGCGGCAGGACAAGCUGGCCGCCCUCAGCCAGAACCUCAAGGAGAAGAGAGGCAGCUUCGAGGUCGCCCACAAGGCCCUGCAGGCCAAGGCGGCCUGCCUGGAGCAGGUGAGGAGCAAGACACGGGAGGACAUCCGGCAGUGUGUGGAGCAGCUCGUGGAUCUGCUGCGGCGCGAGGAAGAGAUGCUGCUGACGCUGGUGGAGACGCGGUGGGAGCAGGGCUGCCGCGUGCUGGCCGGGGAGCUGCAGCACCUGGACAACGUGCUGCGGCGCAUGCAGGCCAGCGAGCGGCUGGUGCAGAAGAUGARGCUCUACGGCUCGGAGCAGGAGGUCAUGGACAUGCAGCCCUUCAUCAAGGCGUCGCUGGAGGAGCUGCAGAGGCUGCAGCCCUCGGCGGCCGGCGGCCUSGCGCAGCCUGACAGGCACUUUGCUGAGUGCUGGGCCCGGCUGCAGGCSCUGGUGGAGCGUGUGACUGGGCAUACAGGAGCUGCCUCUGCUCAAGCCAGAGAAAACCUCCACCCGGUUGCAGYUUCAUCCACUCCAGCGAAGAAGAGAAAUGCUCAGACUGCAGAUGUCUUGCCACCACAAGUGAAGGUGAUGAAGCUGGAAGGCAAAGACAUUCAACAGAAGCAAAGCAACCUGGAUCAGCCUGGAACCAGCUAUCAAGCGCCCGCUGUGACUCACAGCACCGGGGACGAUAGCUUGCUGGAUGCCAUGGAUAAUUGCAGCGAUGGGCUGCAUGAGUCAGAUAAUGAUAUUCUCGGCAUCAGCAGUGGUGAAGAGGACAGCAGUGAUAGCGAAUCGUUGGACUCCACUCUGCUAGAAGAAUCCAACUGCAUGCCCGAUGAGAGCAUCAACAAAGACCCUCUGGGCAUUGCCAUCAUCAACCAGAAAACRCUUGACUCAAGACAAGGAUCCCUGCUGUUCUUUGAUGUGAAGAUUUCCAAAAGCGGGCUCAUUCAGUUGGUGGUGGUAGACAAAGAGAAAACUUUUCAAAUCAUAAUUCGUCCAGAAGAAUGUUCAUUCACCACAACAGAGAAAAAAUAUGUUUGUCAGCCUGGCUUGAAGAGUCUCGUUUUCCACCUCAAGACAGUCAAAAGGCCCAUCCUGGGCGGAUAUGGACUCUGGUCGCUCCCCUUCCCCGCCCUCUUGAAAGCCCUGGCUGUUGUGGACAAGGAGCGUGAAUUUGGCAGUGCUGUAUAUGGUUUCCUAGACAUUUUGCCUCUGAUUAAACAGAAGGUCCCUGGAAGGGACAAUUACAAGCUGAAGGCGUUGGCCAACAUCUAUCUCCCUCUACAGCUCACUGAGUGCAACCUCACUGAGAACACGAAGAUUAUGCAGUCACUGUGCGAGGUCCUGGGAAUCGUCCCGAUGAAGGAACCCAGACUGAUCUUCCCCUAUGUCAGCCUGGAGUGCUUCAUCUCUCUGGAGCCCUUGCUGGCUGAGAAACUGCUCACCAAGCCAUCGGCCCAGACACUGGCCAAUCACAGCGUGGGCCUCACUCAGCUCAUCUCCAUCUACAAGCUCGACCCCAUCAAGGGGCUCCAGAACGUGUGUCGUCUCGUCAAUGCUAAACGGCACAGCUCCGAGAAGAAGGUCCGAAACCUGAGCAAGAGCAAGGCCUACUUCCAGCGCCUGCUGAAGUCGGUUGAAUGCCAGACAAACCCUGCAGACAGUGAUUUGCUGAGAAGAGUAAAGACUGAGAAAAACUGUUGAGAGGUGGCUGUGGCUGUCCAGAGCAAGGCCCUGUUUCUCAUCUGCAGGGAUAACUCCUGCAGAGAAUUUACUGCUCGCAUCCGUAGUUUUGCAUUCAAGAUUUCCUCCCUGUUCCUGCCUGGAGAAAUGGGUCUGAUUCUGAUAUAUGACAGUCUCCUACUGCCCUCUCUCAUSUAAACACUUAUAUGAGGGUUAAGAGCUGGGGACUAGGUUGGCUGGGACA